GAUACUUUUCAUCCGCCUUAUCUUAUGGCAAACUGAGCAACUCGGCGGGGAAAUUAUGGCAGCGCGUGACAGUCAGUGACAGCGCCUCAGUUUCUCUCAGUGUUUUGGUGUGUUGUGCAGGAAAGAGUUUCGAGUGAGAAAAGCACUUUAUCAGUGCCUAUCAGGGAAUUUGGGAUCUAAAUGACUACCAUCACACUUGUGAACAUCCACACUCCACCCAGGUGCAGAUAGCGGGCGAGCUUAUCGCAUUUCUGUGCUGGCACAGGUGUUCAAUUGGGGCCCCAAAAGAGACUGAGUGCGCGUCCGGACAGUGAGAAUAGCAGCAGUGCUUAGUAAUCAAUGCCUCUGACGUCAGACAUGGAGGCGCCGCGGAGCUGAGGGACUGGGUUCGCAGUUCAAGGCCGCGACAGAAUGAAGGGUUCCGCGAGCCCGCAGGGCGAUUCCGGGGCUGGGAAGCUGUGCAGUGUGUGUGGUGACAAGGCGCUGGGCUACAACUUCAACGCCAUCACCUGCGAGAGCUGCAAGGCCUUCUUCCGACGCAACGCCCUGGCCACGAAGCCGCUCACCUGUCCGUUCAGUGACCAGUGCGAGAUCACGGUGGUCACGAGACGCUUCUGCCAGAAAUGUCGCCUGGAGAAGUGCUUCGCCAUAGGCAUGAAGAAGGAGUACAUAAUGUCGGAGGAGGACAAGAUCCAGAAGCGCAAGAAGAUCGAGCAGAAUCGUGCGAGAAAGAAACUGGCCAUGGGAGAGCCGCCCGUGAAGGUGAAGCGCGAGCCCAUGGACUCUGACGUUUGGAUGCAGCGUCCGGAGGGAUUUGGGGGCUGCGAGGGCAACUCCUCCUCAUCCGAGGCGUCAUACCAGCGCCAGGAGGGACAGUUCUCCUCUCCGGAGACCACUGGAUCACUGAACUCACCGACGACGCCAACUCUGGCGUCCAAAAACCUGCCCACGAUUGAGUCCUCACCCUCGGAGAUCGUCAACAGUAUUGUGGAGUCCUCAGACGUGUCCAGGGUGAUCAAUCGCCUGAUGAAAACACAGGAGGACGCAAUUGACGUGAUGGCGAAGAUUCUGAACUCUCCCAAGGACGCCAUCGUCCUUAUCAGUCACUUCGUGGGACAGCCAGGAGAUGCCCUGAAAGUCAUUAGCAAGAUCAUGAACUCUCCCUUCGACGCCCUGACCGUCUUCACGAAGUUCAUGUCCUCGCCCACGGACGCCCUCGAGAUAAUCGCCAAAGUGGUCAGCUCGCCGAAUGAUGUGUUGCAAUUCCUGCAGCAACUCAUGCGACAACCUGAAGACGGCCUCCAGAUCAUGCAGAAGUUCAUCAAUGCGCCCGCUGAGGCUCUAAAGCUGAUCAACAACAUGAUGCACCAGUCGAAGGUGGACUCAACAUCGGGCGACAAGUCUCCGGAGCUGGAGAGUCAGCUCAAGACAAUACUGCACAGCAUACAGCCCAGCGAGAGUCCAAAGUCCUCAAUAGGACAGUCACCGGGCGUGAUGGCUUCUUCCACGUGCGACGGAGCGCCAUCGGAGGAGGCAGAACUGGAGCCAAAGGAGGAUGAGGCACGGAUGAUCCUGGAGGAUGUGGAGAAGAUGCCCAUUCUGCCCAACUCAAUCGAGUCCGUCCUUUGCGAGGCAAUCAAACUGGAGUACGAGGGAUGUUCGUCCAUGGGACAGUCAGGGACCAACAGUCGGGAGCUGAAUGAUGCCGAGAGGGCGAAGCUCAAUGAGCUGAUCGUGGCCAACAAAGCGCUCUACGCUCCAGUGGAUGAGGAUCUCUCCAGUCUCAUCUCCGAUGACUACAGAAUGAGGACCAAUCACAACCAGCAAGAUCCGCAGCUGCUCAAGCUCGUGAACUUGACUGCCGUGGCAAUCAGGCGACUGAUAAAGAUGUCAAAGAAGAUCAGCGCCUUCAAGAAUAUGUGCCAGGAGGAUCAGGUGGCAUUGCUCAAAGGUGGCUGCACGGAAAUGAUGAUCCUCAGGUCGGUGAUGCAGUACGACAGCGACAGAGCGUCGUGGAAGAUUCCUCACAAUCUGGAAGAAAUGUCGAGGCUGAAGGCGGACGUGCUGAAAUUGGCCAAAGGGAAUGUAUAUGAGGAGCACGAGAGAUUCAUCCUGACCUUUGAUCCCAAGUGGAGAACAGAUGAAAAUAUCAUCCUGAUUAUGUGUGCCAUAACACUCUUUUCGCCAGAUCGACCUAGAAUUGUCCAUUCUGACGUGAUAAAGCUGGAACAGAACUCCUACUACUAUCUUCUGCGAAGGUACCUGGAGAGCGUUUAUCCGGGCUGCGAGGCGCGAUCGACGUUCCUGAAGCUCAUUCAGAAAGUGAAUGAGCUGCGGAAGCUGAAUGAGGUGAUCAUCAGCGUGUAUUUGGACGUGAAUCCGUCCCAAGUGGAGCCUCUUCUGCGCGAGAUCUUCGACAUGAAGAACCACUGA